ACCGAAAGCGAAUAGCGCGCGCUCCCGGCGACUGAAGGCGCCUUUUCCUCAUUGUUCGCUGCACAACUCGAGAGCUCAGCAACACCGUCCGUGUCUGCUUUCUGUCUGCGUGGGAAAAAACAAGAAGAAGAGAAAAAUGCCUUGCACACGCUCCAUGAGUGCAACAUUCCAGCCUCCCUCCACCAGGAUGAGUUUGAGGAGCUUCCGCAGCGUCCCCCUGGUUACCAUGGAGACAUCCUCCUCUUCCUCCGACGACAGCUGCGACAGUUUUGGGUCCGAUGGGGGCUUCGCAAACACGAGGAGCAGCUCCCGACUGUCAAGGCGGACGGUUGACAAGCCGAACGUUCUGGAGGCAACUGCAAAGGAAGAUGUGUGCACUGGGUUUGAGGAGGAGCUCAUAAACACUCGGAUGAAAGCAAUGAAAGUAGAUCCUGAUUCUGAGCCUGCGAGACGCGGCCGCAGGUCCAGCCUCCUGAAGGUGGCCAUGGUCUUCCCCACCAGGAAGGCGGGCUCUAAAAGGCCUGCGUCCGAACCCCUCCCUCAACCUCAAGUACUGGACUCUGACGAGGAAGAGGAGGAGAACUUCAUGGCCAAGAGAGCCCUGAAUAUUAAAGAGAACAAAGAAAUGCUCGCAAAGCUGAUGGCAGAGCUCAACAAACAACCAGGACUCUUCCCCAAACGAGGGACUGCUGCACCCGCAACGACCAGACGUGCGCCUCGGCGCUCGAUGCACGAACCUUUGAGGAGGAACUCGGAGCGUCUGUGUCGCCCUCACACUCGCUCCCGCACACUAGUGGACGGCCCGCCCAGCUCGACAGCCGAGGAGGAGGCGCCGGAGGACAAGUUCGGCCUGGUGCGACGAAGUCGUUACUACGAGGAAGUGGACGAGCCGGUCCGUCGCCGCUCAUGCAAUGGCACCAAGGCCCUUCCUCACGUGGUGCGACCUGUGGAGGAGGUCACCGAGGAGGAGCUGGAGUGCGUUUGCUUCAACGUGAGGGAGAAGGUGUACCACAGAGUCAAUGGGACCACUUGUCACCAAUGCCGCCAGAAAACAGUCGACACCAAAACCAACUGCCGCAAUCCAAAGUGCGUCGGCGUCCGGGGUCAAUUCUGUGGCCCGUGCCUUCGCAACCGCUACGGGGAAGAAGUGCGAGACGCUCUGCUGGACGCGGAGUGGCGCUGCCCGCCGUGCCGGGGCAUCUGCAACUGCAGCUUCUGUCGAGCUCGAGAAGGCCGCGGCGCCACUGGAGUCCUGGUCUACCUGGCCAAAUGUCAAGGCUUUGACAAUGUCCAUGCCUACCUGAGAAAGCUUGAAGAAGGAGCUAGAAGGGAUGAGCGAGUGAUGAGCAGCCGAUGGAGACGCUCGACUGCAAACUUUGACCCUUAAGUGAUCACAGAUGAUCAGGUUUUCAACUCUUGGAUGUUCAUUUGCAAUGAAUACCCGAGUUGAUCAUGUGGGAUACCUAGCAAGUUUUGAUGAACUGCUAUUUUUAUGCAUGAAGUCAUGCUUGUUUUUACUGUUCAAAUUGCUUUACAACUGAUAAACUUAAGAAAAUGUUGGCUCGGCUUGCACAAAAACCUUGAAAUUGCAACCAUGUUUACUUCCGUGAACACACAGCGCCUCGUGUUUUGUGCGCAUGCGCAACAUGACGUCGUGUUUUGUGCGCAUGCGUACCGCUUCACAGACACAUUCAGUUGACAGUAGAUGUCGCAUUUGAACCGAGGUGGAUAUUUUACAUAAGAUUUCACAGCGCACCACCAAACAAAUGUCACAGAAAGUGUAUCCACCUUUAUGUAUGUUCUAAUAGAAGCAAAUUUCAUUGUUGUACCUGUUCCUAUAAGGCACUGGCAUGGAUAGUUCAAACAAAGAUGCAUUAUUUGUAGUAAAUACAUUUUUGAACCAAUUAUAGCAAGUAAAAUUGGAUAAUUUCCUGUGGAAUGCCUGGUAGCGAAUUGCUGCUUUAAGCCAUUAAGAUGUGUGUCCGUUUUAUAGUUAGAACGGCUGUCUUGUACAUUGUUUUAAAUGUCGAUUUCACACACAGUGGUCUGUGGAUGUGCCUUAUUUUCAUUCUAGUUUCCUGUAAGUGGGUUCACUUGCUAAAAGAGUGAGAGCUGUUAGCUUUCCCGGGGGUGUCCUAUGGAAGGGCACAGGCCGGGGUGCACCGCUCGCCGCGAGGAGCUUGGCGUGAUGUACUGUACCGCUCAUAUCUCCUUCAUUAGAUAACCGUCGCUAAUGGUGUGGAAACAAUUAGCGCACGCUAAUGGGACUCUUGUACCUGUAAAUCAUUUCAUCCUGUGCUCUGGCUCAUUUUGUGCUCACCCUUGUGAUUCUGGACACAAGAUGACUGGAAUUUCACCUCCUGUAUGACUGCUUUGAGCCAUAAUUCAGCUCGGGUUGGGUCAUUUUGGUUCUAUUCCACGGCUUGUAAUGUGCUUUCCGAGCUGUAAAAUUUUAAAAAUUAAAAUGUACAAUCUGCAGAAACAAAGUGUCACUUGAGCAUCAAUUGCUGUUAUUGAAAUGUUUACAGCCUGUUUUAUACAAGACAAAAUGCGAAUUGAAAUGGUACCUUCCUUUCAAAAGGCACUAUGUAAAUAUUCAGUGGUUAUUACAAGUCUACUCAGCCCGGAUCA